GUAACUUUCCAUUUCACAGGACAACUCCGCGAGUUAUCAUCAUUCACAUAGUUCAUUUAUUUCACCUCCGCGAGUUCUCAUCUUACUCAUAGUUCAUUUUCAUUUCACAACCAACUCCGCGAGUUAUCAUCUUACAAACAGUUCCACUGAUUGUCAUGCCUUCAGGCUCCAGAACCACACGAUUGAACCCGAUCAACCCCUAUCAACCUUUGCCUGUCCCCUCCCGCAAAACCAAGCAAACUGGACUUAUUUGCCAGUCAGCAAACUGCACCAAGAGGCCUACUCACUCCACGCUCUACUACCAACCACGGAACCAACCUAACGCUAAGCUGAUUGGAAUAAGGUGUCCACACGAUUACAAGGCCUGUUAUACACGUUUCUACCACCCAUACCGAGUCGAAAUCCUCGAACACAACGCCCAGUUACUCGCGAUGGAAGUCGAUCCACGGCUCAUCGGUGGAAUUGCUUCAAACACUACUUCCCAAACCUUUCCCCAAACUUCCCAAACCACUUCUCAAACCACUUCUCAAACCAAACGCCGCACCACCAAAGUUGAUUCAUCUGCUCAAUGCCAAGGCGUUAAAGGUCAAUUUGCCACUGGUCAUACGAUGCGGAAGAACAAUUCAUGCAAUGCCAAUGCCUGCCGCCAUUGUUGCCAGGAACUCAAUGAUCAAUUGGCUGGAUGUGCACCUCACGGUGCCAUGAAUCAAUUUGCUAAGUUCAAAAGUAUCACGAUUCAAAAACAGGCAGACGAACGAACUCAAAGAGAUAAUGAACAGAU